GCAGCCGAUUGGUCAAGGUGGUCGGUCGGCGUCGGCCUAUAUAAGGAGGAGGGCGGCCGACUCCGCGCGUCAGUCAGUCCCGCCUUGAGAUCGUCAAACCCGUGUCGUCGUUCUCGCUCAGGAAGAUGUCUCGGCUGAUGGCGUCCUCACUCCGGUGUCUGCCCCAGGGCUGGGCUUCCACCUCCCGACUCGGCGGUGCCCGGGCCCUGGGCUCCUCCGGCGCGGUUCUCGCGCCGGCGAAGAGCAAGCAGAGCCUGGCUCGUCCCGGCGUCAAGAACGUGGUGCUCGUGGACGGCGUGCGCACUCCAUUCCUGAUGUCGGGCACCUCGUACAUUGACCUGAUGCCCCAUGAUCUGGCACGUGGAGCUUUGCAGGGACUACUUUCGCGCACCGGUGUGCCCACGGAUGCCGUGGACUACAUUGUGCUCGGCACCGUGAUACAGGAGGUGAAAACGAGCAAUGUGGCUCGCGAGGCUGCGCUUGGAGCUGGGUUUUCUGACAGGAUCCCUGCACACACAGUAACCAUGGCCUGCAUCUCGUCAAAUCAAGCAAUGACUACGGGCUUUGGGUUGAUAGCGGCGGGCCAGUGCGACGUGGUGGUGGCUGGGGGAGUGGAGUUCAUGUCGGACGUGCCCAUCCGGCACAGCCGCAAGAUGCGUAAGACCAUGCUGUCUCUCAACAAGGCCAAGACGGUGGGGCAGCGCCUGGCACUGGCGUCCUCGCUGCGCCCGGCGCACUUCGUGCCAGAGCUGCCGGCCGUGGCCGAGUUCUCGACGAGCGAAACGAUGGGCCACUCGGCGGACCGCCUGGCGGCGGCGUUCGGCGUGUCGCGUGCCGAACAGGACGAGUUUGCUCUGCGCUCGCACUCGUACGCCAAGCAGGCGCAGGAGCAGGGGCUGCUGUCCGACCUCGUGCCCCUCAAGGUGCCAGGGAAGGACACGGUGGCGAAGGACAACGGCAUCCGCCCCAGCAGCAUGGAGCAGAUGGCGCGACUCAAGCCGGCCUUCAUCAAGCCCCACGGCACCGUCACGGCCGCCAACUCCUCCUUCCUGACUGACGGAGCGUCGGCUGUGCUCAUUAUGUCUGAAGAGAAGGCUCUCGCCAUGGGAUACAAGCCCAAGGCCUACCUUCGGGACUUUGUGUACGUCUCUCAAGACCCGAAGGACCAGCUGCUGCUGGGGCCAACCUACGCCACCGCGCGUCUUCUGGCCAAGUCCGGGCUCUCCCUCGGCGACAUCGACGUGUUUGAAUUCCACGAGGCGUUCGCUGGCCAAAUCCUAGCCAACAUGCGGGCCAUGGACUCGGACUGGUUCGCUCAAAACUACGUUGGACUCAAGUCCAAGGUGGGGGCCCCCCCCGCUGAGAAGUUCAACCUCUGGGGGGGCUCGCUGUCGCUGGGCCACCCCUUCGGCGCCACCGGCUGCCGCCUCGUUACCACCGCCGCGCACCGGCUCCACCGCGAGGGGGGCCAGUACGCGCUGGUCGCCGCUUGCGCCGCCGGAGGCCAGGGCCACGGCAUGAUCGUGGAGGCAUACCCACAGAAGUGAGACCCCUGCCCAGCCUCGGUAGGGGCGAGGAGGAGGAGGAGGCAGUGCCGGUGGCCGUUUCAAUUCAACACGGAGGGGAGGCACGCGGCGAGCCCGACCCCCCCCCCCCCCCCCUGCCUAGCGACGUCGAACCUGGACCCCCCUCCCCCCCCCACCUCAGCUUGGCGGCUGCAUCCAUAUGGAGCUCCUGCUUGGAGCUGUCGAGAUGGGACGGGCGUCUCGCAAGUGCUUCAUGAUGGCAAUGUUGGGGCCACAUAAGCGAGCACCGCUGAAGAUCUUUUGGGUUCAAAUCCCAGACUCCCACCACUUCCCCCCCCCACCACAGCCGGUGGUUAAACCAGGUUUGUAGUCGGUAGUGAGUUUGACGUCUCAACCCAGUCUCCCAGUGACUGCACGAUAGGUCUUUGUCCGGUCAAUGUCAUUAUUGCGCUUAAUGUGGCUUUGGUUGGCUCUGAAUGACAGUGGAAACUGCAUAUAAGUAUAUACACCUCUUGCGAGCAAAGCCAGCUGUGAUUAUAUCAGAAGUAGUGUGCAUCUAUCAAAAUAUGCCCUUUGCCUUCCUCCCUGCAGUGUGCUGUCAAUGUGUUUUGCUUAUUUCAGAACGGUGCUGAUGUACAGGGGUGCUUGUCAUCAUCCUGAUCUAAUAUCCAUCAGUAACAUACACUCAUGGCAAUCGACUUGAAUUUGUCACAGAGCGUGAAGGAAGCGCUGCUUAGUAUCAGCUGUAACGGUCCGGUUACGCUUUUCCGAUAAUUAUUUUGGCACCACGUCACGUGCGUCUCUCCUUUUGUUCUGUAUCAUUUUUACAAACCUAUUCGUAGGUUUAUAGGAAUAUCGGGUGCAAUAAAUGUAGGAGCAUUAUUGUUAUGGAUAGAUGUACCCUGUAUUCUAGUGGGUAGUGCCUUACGCCGAUACGUCCUUGCUCUGGGCCAACGAAGCUUUACGGCGUUCCAGGAAGUAUUGAAUACGAUUUUUGCAAUAUAUGGUGACAACAUGAUUUACCAUAUUCUCUGGAUUAUAAAACACUCCGGAAAGUAAUACUUGUUCGAAUUUUUGUAUCCCUUGUCAAUAAAAGUUUUACAAGUCUGGGCACACGCACACGAACAACUACCGGAUUGUAAGAAAAAAAUGUUGUACAGCAUUAUAAUCGCAGAGAAUGCGGACGUUUGCUGUCCUCCCGCACCUCCGAUUAUCACGGUUGGCUACGUUGCAGUGCAAAAUAAGUUCUACAUACAUAACCGUUUAAACAUUUCACAUUCUCAGUGCUUGUAUUCAGAAUUAAGCUAAUUUCAAUAAAGAGCAAGUGCUUGACUAAACCACUAUCUCUCCCGUGUAAUAAACUCCACAGUUGGCAAUGGUAAAGUGAUAACACGCAGAUUGUUGCAGUCCCCCCCGAGAAGGUUGAAAUAAACGCUCUGCUGGUGAAUGGCGCAGUCCAGUCAGUGGUGGUUUUUGCUGCUUCUCGUUGGAAAAGAGGCGUUGUGUUUGGAGCGCAUCAUUCAUUAAAGGGGUCUUUUCUGAAUAGUGCCAUUGUAGAUGCAUUUCUGGGGUUGUGUGGCUGUGUUCGUACAUUUAUUUGUUGGGCCCAAACUACGUUGCGUAUAAAUAAUAAAUCCACCCACAGGGAGGUGUUAAUCUAAAUUUACUCGAUAGCGAUUGAUCUCUGUUUAUGUUAAAUGUACACCUGGGUAAGCUUUCACUACUACAGAUGUGGUCUCGGUGGGUCCUCGAAUGACCGUCGGGAAGUUCCGAGGUUGGUUGUAUAGGUCGGGUCAACCCUGAUGCUGUCCAGGAAUAUUACAUAUGAGGAUGCGUGAUGUUAGCAAAACUUUUGAGAUCGCGACAAUGCACUUUGUUCCUAUUCUGUCACCUGAAGACGAUUGCUUGUGUUGCGAUUGAAACGUGAUAGUUUUAUUAUUUUUCUGUCUACGUGGCUUUACCGAAAGACCCAUAGAAUAUGUAUUCCAGCAGUCACGAAAGCUUUAAGUCAAUAUUUCACUUUGUUCCUCUUUGCAUUGCAGUUUUCGGUAAAACUGCAGGUUAACAUUUAUUUUCCAGUAACCACUUGGCUUGCACUCCAGAUGACUUCUCGAUCUGGGCCCUUUGCAAAUAAUAAAAUAGAAAUGUGAUC